GCGGCCGGCGCCGGAAGCGGCCGAGCGACGAGGGGACGUCGCGUCGCCGGGUCUCCAGCAGCUGCCGCGGAGCCGCCGGACGGACCGCCGGACCUGCCCGCCAGCCAUGGCCGAGAGCGACUGGGACACGGUGACGGUGCUGCGCAAGAAGGGCCCCACGGCCGCCCAGGCCAAGUCCAAGCAGGCCAUCUUGGCGGCUCAGAGACGAGGAGAGGAUGUGGAGACUUCCAAGAAAUGGGCCGCCGGCCAGAACAGACAGCACUCAAUCACCAAGAACACGGCCAAGCUGGACCGGGAGACCGAGGAGCUGCACCACGAUCGCGUGACCCUGGAGGUGGGCAAGGUGAUCCAGCAGGGCCGGCAGAGCAAGGGGCUGACACAGAAGGACUUGGCCACGAAAAUCAAUGAGAAGCCGCAGGUCAUCGCAGACUACGAGAGUGGACGGGCCAUUCCUAAUAACCAGGUUCUGGGCAAAAUCGAGAGAGCUAUCGGCCUCAAGCUCCGGGGGAAGGACAUCGGGAAGCCGAUUGAGAAGGGGCCAAGGGCGAAAUGAACACAAAGCCUCGAAAUCAGUGCGUUCCGGCUGAUCUUGUCUGGCUGGUUCCCCUUGACCACCAGCGCCAGCGUGGGUCUCUUCACGUGGCCGAGCGGAACGCGGGGCGUCAGCCCUGCCCAGGAACUCCCUCUCCCCAUACCGCUGUCAAACAAAACCUUGCAAAGUA